AUGGCUGAGGAAAUACCAGUGAGAGGUCGUUCAAGGCGUGAUGGAUUUACUGUUACUAAUCUUCAUCAUUAUCAUGUUGGGAUUUUCUACGUUGUUCUUGAUAAAAUAUGUGCUGAGAUGAAUCAUCGGUUCACUGAAGCGACGAUGGAGCUAUUGAUGUGCUUUUCUUGUCUUGAUCCAAAGAACUCUUUCUCUAGUUUUGAUGUCAACAGUCUUGCUCGGCUUGCUGAAAUUUAUGCUGAGGAUUUCUCAAAUCAUGAUCGUGGAGUCAUAAGGGGACAAUUGGAGACAUAUAUUCUUCAUGUAAGGAGGCAUGCUGCCUUUGCUAAUUGCAAAGAUAUUGAAAGUUUCUCCCAGAAAAUGGUUGAAACUGAAAAACAUUUGCUUUUUCCAUUGGUCUACAAGCUCAUUGAAUUGGCCUUGUUGGUGCCGGUGUCAGCAGCAACUGUUGAAAGGGCUUUCUCAUGUAUGAAGACUAUCAAGUCUAAAUCCCGCAAUAGGAUUGUUGAUGAUUGGUUCAACAACUUUAUGAUAUGCUAUAUUGAGCAAGAACUAUUCAAUUCACUUGAUGAAACUACUAUUAUUUGGCGGUUUCAAAACUUGAAGAGUCACAAGAUGCAGCUGCCUUGUAACCAUGCUCGUGGCCGUGGGCAUCAGUAG